AUGAGCUCAGGUGACGAAAAGGUCGUUAAAGUGAUUGUUAUCGGUGACGCAGCAACUGGAAAGACCAGUAUAAUCAAACAAUACAUUUAUUCCACAUUCAGUGAGCAGCACGUUGCCACCGCUACCGUAGAUUUUUCUUGUAAAGUGCUAACGAAAAACGACGUAACCUAUCGGGUCCAGCUCUGGGAUAUUGCGGGUCAGGAACGUUAUCAGCGUAUCUCGAGAGUCUAUUACCGCAAUGCGCUGGGAUGCUUUAUUGUGUGCGAUAAUGUGAACGCGAAGUCUCUAGAGAACGUGGAGAAAUGGAAGAAUCAGCUCAAUGAGAACGUGAAGCUUCCCAAUGAUAAGCCGCUCCCUGUAAUUUUGCUUGUGAAUAAGUCCGACUUGACGGAGAAUGGUCUCAGCGAUGAUCAAAUAAAAGAAGUUUGCGAAAAGUGCGGGAUUGCGCAGUGGAUCCGAGUUUCGGCGAAGACGGCGAUGAAUAUUAGCGAUAGCGUUGAUAAGUUGUUAGAUUCGAUUGUUAUAUAUGAUGAUAUUUGGGGAAAGGAGGAGAAUGACGAUGUCGUACAGCCCGGUACAGAAAGGUCAUCUAAAAAGAAGUGCUGUUACCUUGUUUUGUUUGAUAAGCGUUGA